AUGCGUCCCGCCUCGAACCUCCUUCAGCUGGCUGUCUGCCUCUCCUCUGUUGCCCCUCUAGCGGCAGCAUGGCCUAACUGGUUUCCUCCUGCCGAUUCAGUCGUUGUCCGACGCGUUGCACAUGAAGCCAUGCCACAGGAGACCGGCGUUAUCAAGGCUCGUCAAGACAAAACCGACAAUGAAGAGGCUUCAAGCACCCGAAAGAACGGCGCUAAACAGACCAACUUGAACACCGCCAAAGUCGAGACAGGCACUGAGACUGGAACUACAGACAACACCAAGACCGCUACCGAGACAGGCAAGAAGAAGUCCGGCACCAAAACUGGAACAUCUGCACCCAAGCGCACAACCUUCUCUGCCGAUGUUCAGCCCGGUGGUGUGAGCAUGACACUUCCCGAUACCAUGUAUGUUCCCACACCUCUCUUCAAGAUUGGUGACUACGCCACCUUCGGCUGGAACUACACCUCACUUGAGGGCACACCAACUGCCAUCGACGUCCUUGUCAGCCAGUCUUCCGCAGGCGAGACAUACACUCUCACUGCCAAUAUGACUUUUGCGACCAACCCUACCUUCGUCUGGGACACCAGCAAGCAGGCCAACGACCCCGAUGCUCCUCUCGUGGUCGGCAUGUACACUCUCGUCAUCAAGGAUUCUGACUCGGCCAUCACCGACCUGCCCUCUCCUGGCUACCUGCAAGUUGAGAAGACCUUCCAGUUUGGCAUGUACACACCUGCAGCCUACACACCCUAUCCCCAGUGGAACUGUGAUAUCUGCAACAACUAG